AUGUCAACAGUCAAGAGCGUCGCCGUAAUCGGCGCAGGUCCAUCUGGGGCAGCAGCUGCAGAGGCCCUCAGGAGGAGCAAUGCGUUUGACGUGAUCAAGGUGUUUGAGCGGAGGGCUGAAGUUGGAGGGGCAUGGAACUUUGAUCCGGAUCCUGAUGUACCGCCUGCUGAUCCUAUGAUUCAUCCGAGUCUUGUAGAUCCUCCUGUUCAACCGCCUUCUACACUGCCAGCGCGAACGCCAAAGCAACAACUGCAAAGAUGGACUACUGCGCCAGUAUACGAGACUCUGACUACAAACGUCAACGUUGAAAUCAUGUCUUAUACCUAUGUUCACUUCUCCCAAGUUGACAAGACUCCCCCGGCCGAGGACACUGAUCCAAUGUUUCCCUCUGCAGCCCGUGUCUUGAAGUAUAUCCAGAAGCUUCAUGCGAGACAUGCCGACUUUCUUGUCUUGAACACCACUCUUGAGCGAGCCUCUAAACAGGACUCAAAAUGGGUCUUGACGUUGAGAAGGUCCGAGCCUGAAGAGGAUUAUUGGUACGAAGAGUCGUUUGAUGCCCUUGUCGUAGCGACUGGUAUCUACUGGGUUCCCAAAAUUCCUUCAAUACCAGGCCUCCAAGAGUACAAUCGGAACUUUCCAGGCCGUGCUCUACAUUCCAAGUACUUUCGAUCAGUUCAAGCUUAUAAGAACAAGACUGUCAUCAUUGUCGGCAACGGCAUUACCGCCCUAGAUCUUAUUCGUGAUCUUAUGCCCGUCGUAUCCAGCCUCACCGUCUCCCAUCGGAGCGUAAGCUGGAUGUAUCCUACUUCCUUGGAAGGGGUUGAAGGAAUAUCGGUGCGACCCGAGUCAAGCCAUGUCGAUCCAAGCACAGGAGAUUACUUCUUCAAGGAUGGUGGUCCUCCAGUUCGACCAGAUGCCAUCAUCUUUGCCACGGGAUACCACGUCUCGUUUCCUUUCCUAUCCCCGCCUCAAGCAGUUCAUAAUUACGACGAAAAUUUCACUGCAGAUUGGGUCCCAGGAACUUACCUACACACUUUUUGGAGGAAAGACCCUACUCUCUCGUUUGUCGGUCUUGUUCAAAACAGCGUCUCUUUCAGAAUUUUUGAAUACCAAGCUGCACUGGUAGCAUCGUACCUCUCCGGAAAACUAAAGCUGCCCCCGAUAUUGGAAAUGGAAGAGUGGGAAAAGAAGCGGCUCGAAGAGGUGGAUCACAAGACGGCGCUCUUCCACUACAACAAGUACCCAGGCAGCGUCGAGUUCCUGAACCAGCUACAUUCGAUCCUCGCGGGUGCAGGCGGUGACAGCCUCGAAGCCCUAGACUGUACCCAAACUUAUAGAGACGGCGUCUCUGCACCAUGA